AUGGCUUACAACAAAUCCUACAACCCCGAUGCGCUGCCAGCUCAUGCUGAGCCAGAAGAGGUCGCGCAGAUGUUAGGCAAUAUGACUGUAUCAGGCCAAAGUCACACCCCAGGCCUCAGCCAGAAACCGCUCCCCUCUCGCCCACCGCCGCAAACAAGUCACAGCAGCGGUAUUCCUCCCCGCGUUCCUGUAUCCAGCGCGCCCCCGCAACACGCAUACGCUGCAGCGCCCCCGCGGCACGAAGCCCUACCCCACCACUCCGUCUCCUACAACGGACGCUCCUCUUCAGCAAAUGCGCCUCCGCCGAACCAAGUUCCCAGUCACAGCCAGUCGCAAUCUCGUCCUCACCCUCUCCACCCUUCCCCACCGCCCCAAAACUAUGGUUUCGGCCCCCCGCCAGUGCAUCCCCAGCGCAGCAGACCCCCACCCUCCUCACGGCCUCCCCAAUCGCCCGUUCCACCACCAUUGACAGCACCCAGCAAUGAUCCGCAACAACUCUUUCCCCUCUUCCGCGCCGCGAACGCCUCUCAUUCUGGCGCUCUUACAGAAGGGGAGCUCGGCAGCGCACUUGUAAAUGGUGACUACACGUCCUUCCAUCCGCGGACGGUCAGGCUGAUGAUCCGGAUGUUUGACCGUGAUGGGAGCGGGACAAUCAAUUUCGAAGAGUUCGUCUCGUUGUGGCGGUAUUUGGCUGCGUGGCGGGAGUUGUUUGAUCGCUUUGACGAGGAUCGCAGCGGGCGUGUCAGUCAGCCAGAGUUUGAGAAGGCGCUUGUUGCGUUCGGAUACCGUCUCAGUGGGAAGUUUAUUUCUGUUAUCUUUGGUGUCUUUGAAGCAAAGGGAAAGCAGAUCAGCAAUGCGCCUAAGGAUCCUAGGUCUACUGGUAUGAGCUUUGAUCUUUUCGUUCAGGCCUGUAUUAGUCUGAAGCGUAUGACGGAUGUCUUUAAGCGGUACGAUGAGGAUCGGGAUGGGUACAUUACUCUGAGCUUCGAAGAGGCUCUAACAGAGAUUCUUUUAUUGCAGGAAUAA